UCAUCGCGGGUCACACUGCCUCCAGCGCGGCCACCAGCUAGCGGAGUGCCGGAGACGGCAGCGCCCCUAGCCGCGUCACCCGCGAGGGGUGGGCAGCCCCAUGGUGCCAUGGUGGUGGCCGCAGGCAUGGAAGACGGUGGUCGCCGAGGCACCGAGUGCCGCUUCCUGCGUCGGACCGUGCAAGCGCUGCUGGGCGUUGCCGUCGUAGCGCUAGCCAUGAUCAAUGGCGGCCUGCUCACCUCCUACUUCAACGGCACCAGCGGCGACGGCACUGGGCUGCGAUACGCAGGGUGGGGCUUCUGGAAGCAGGCAGUGACCACACCAUCUCCGCUUAACACCCCUGCCGAUGACGGCCGGCCAAGGCGCUUUGAAUCCGAGGACGAGCGUGUUGAAAUGGUCGAGGACGGUCCCCAGCAUGCCUCUGGGAGCACCGAGGGUGAAGCGCUCAGCCAGAGCGACCAAGUCGGAGGCGUUACGAAGGGCGCCGACGACAAAAUAACCGCGAAAACUCCAGAAUCGUCGGCUCAUCGAUCACUCAGGCCUCCGACAAAACGAAUUCCCAGGCAUUAUCCUCCUCAGCCCGAACGAGACGCCAAACGUCUUCGGUUUAAAGACAGCGACUCAGAGUGUUCCCAACCGGAGUGUCUCUGGUACCUGCACCACACCAACAACAAGCUCGACCGAAGCGUGAAUCCGUGCGACGACUUCUACGGUCACGUCUGUGGGCCGCGGUGGUUUUCGCCUAACGCCAAGCCCACUUUCGAAGCCGAGAGUGUGGAGAAGCUGAUGAGCUGCCUUGACGUCAACAUCCGUGUGGAGCGGCACAGUCCCCUGCGCUGGGUUCGCAACAUCGCCUUCAUCUACCAGUCUUGCCUUACGUCAAACGGUUCUCGGGAGAUCAGGGAGCAGCUUCUCGCGCAGCAGCACAGAGCACCUCCAUCCUCGUCUCAGCCCUUCACCAAUGCCCCCGCGGUGGUGUUCCGCAUCGGACUGCAGGAGGUGGUACCACAGCUGCGGGGCGAUUACUUGGAAAGCAUGAGAGCCAAUCUUCUUGCGAACGUGUACGUGGCUCCUACCGAACAGCAGGAAACAGGAGGCGAGAGCAAGUACGUUCCAUACAUCGACUCCCCUGAGUUGCUAAUGAAAAGAUUCUUUCUCCGGUACCCCGAUCGCACCGAGAGUGAUUACAAGCAUCUUAUCGAAAAAUCUCUGCCGGGCAUCGAGAACGCAUCGCUUGUCGCCAGCAAGAUUGUUUACAUGGAGAAGCGCCUGAUGGCCAUCGUCUCUGGCUCAGGCUCCAGCAGGAAAGUUGGCACACUUACUCAAGAUGGAAUGACGUCAUUGGGAAACUCCACUGCAAGAUGGCUGUCGCACAUUUUCCCCAAGUCAUUUGGUGGUCGCUUAAACGUGCGCAUAUUGGACGAAGAGUACGUUAGUCAUGUUAUCGAUUUGCUCAAGCAUGUCUUUACUCCAGCAGACAUCGUCGAUUACUUUUAUUUUCGGACCCUCGUGGAAUACUCUUCGUUCCUCAACAUCACUCCGCUCAUACCGCUUAGCUACGACACUCAUCUCAACUCCGUGCCCCUGCGAAUCCAAGGUUGCCUACACAUGGUCGAGAACAUCUAUAAACACGGCAUGCGCAUGCUUGGAAUCGAGGCCCUAGGGGGAAACCUUGGCGUGUGGAGGAUACCUUUCCAGCGCGAGGUUGAAGUUCUGUUCGAAGAUGUUCGCCACUCUCUCCAAAGGUUCGUACGAUUUUGGUUCAGUGGAACCACUGUUAACACUGCGCUUCGCAAGCUACGUUCCAUGAAGCUCGCCUACCUAGGUGCUAGUGCAGCGUACCCCACUUCGUAUGCUGCUUCAACGCCAGACGUGAGGAGCUUGAAAGACUUCGGUGCUCUUAUCAAAGAUUCCGUCAGGAGAGGAUUUAAUGGCACGAACAACUAUGAUUUCCUGCACAGGACUUCAGUGUUUUCGACGUCCGUCGAGUACAACCCUCACACAAAUUCCCUGUACGUGCCCCACGCUCUCGUGACCAUGCCCGUGCUCUUCUCUGAGACACUGCAUCCAGUAUUCGUUCCCAUAAUAGGAGCUAAGCUGUUGCAGGGCGCCAUGAAAGCCAUCGACGCACGCGGCUCGGGCGAGUCAAGAGAGGGCGGAGCCUAUCGUAGCUGGUGGAACACGGAGGAUUGGACAAAGUACCAGAACAGGUCAGCCUGCUUUAUGGAUCAGCUCGAUCGCGAUGUAAAGAAAGUGUCCCCCCGGACCAGCUUCCGUGCGUUUCAGGAUGAGUUCAUCGCCGAGAGCGCCGCAAUUGAACCCCUGCUCGACGUCUACAGCCGCCGUGUUGCCGACCGCGCCGACAACUUCCGGUUCAGUCCGAAGAUUUUCUAUUACGCUUACGCCAUGGGCCAGUGCGAGAAACCGGGCGCCGACACCGUACAAGUACGGUACAAGCAUGCCAUUCCGGCAAGAAUCCGAGUCAACAACGCCCUCGCUAAUGAUGCACACUUUCAGAAGGUUUUUCGGUGCCGACGGAAUUCUAGAAUGGCGCCGAGACGGCGCUGUAGUUACUGGACCAAAUGAUGAGGUAGCGAGACGGACGAGCUCUCAAUGUGUGAUUGUCGUUUGACUACCGACAGUCACUGCAACAAGUAAUGACCGGCGUGUGCGUCCUAUGGAUAGCUAAAAAUGUUUACCACUACCUGAGGAAAAGCAGGAGUCGCCGAAGUUUGUUGCUAUGGGCCAUCCACACCUGCGUCUGCGAGAUGAUAGUACCCGCACUCGUAUAGAGAAUGCAGCGAAGUGCCCUAAUAAAUAAUAAGAUGCCUAUUAUUUUCUACACUAUCACUUACUAUAGAAUAAUUUUCAACCUUAGUGUUUUAAGAUAAAUCUCGCAUUGACAAGCUAGCAUUAGU